GAGAAGAGUGCAGUUUUGUGUAAUUUUGUAUUUAUAACUUUUUCAAUUAUUAGCAUAAAACUCGGUGUUAUAUGGAAAUUUUUAAGUGGAUAUAAAUCAUACUUAACUAAUAAUCGAGGUAAUAUUAUAGAAGCGUUAUAUUUAUAUUAUACAGAUUACAAUUCCACGGUAAUCAAAAAUGGAUAAAUUUUCUAAAGGAGGCUUCGUCAUAAAAUUAUCGUGCGAGACAGUCCAAAAACUGUCAGAGGAAGAACACAAGUCUAAAACCGCCACUACUGGUAAUGAAACGAAAAACAAGGAUUUGAAUGUUGAUUCUAAGUCUAAUCAAAAUAAAGAUAAAGUAGAUGAAAAAAAGGAUAAAGAAGAGAAGCCUGGGCUAAAUGUAGAGACUGUAUCUGAUCAAAAUAGCAAAGCUUUGGAUACUCAACCUACACCUUCAAAGCCUACCCCAGAUGAUGUAUAUGCUGCACACGUGAGUUAUGAAGGAGACGUUGCUAUAUAUACUGAUCCAUCAACACAGCAAAAAUAUUCUUGGAAUAAAGAAUCCAGUACUUGGGAGUCUUUGCCAAUAAAAGAGGUACCUGGCAGGGUUUACAGCUAUGAAAAUGAUACUCACAUAUACACAGAGGCAGAUGGCUCGAAAUUCUUUUGGGAUGAUGAAAAAAAAGCAUGGAUCCCCAAAGUUGAUGACGACUUUCUAGCCAUUUAUCAAAUGUCAUAUGGAUUUGUGGAUAACACUUCUAAAGAUGAAAAGAAAGAUGAGAAGAAAGAGUUAGAAAAGAAAGAAGCUGGAGUCAAAAGAAAAAAUGAUCCACAGUGGUUUCAGCCAUCCGAGGACAAAAAUACUAAAGUAUAUGUGUCGAAUUUACCACUAGACUUAACGGAAGAGGAAUUUGUAGAUUUCAUGCAAAAGUGUGGACUCGUAGAAAGAGAUCCAAGGACACAAAAAAUGAAAGUCAAACUCUACAUGGAUAAAGAGCAAAAUUGUUUUAAGGGUGAUGCAUUAUGUACUUACAUUAAAAUUGAAUCAGUUGAGCUUGCAUUAAAUUUGCUGGAUGGCAGUGUUUUUAAAGGAAACAAAAUAAAAGUAGAAAGGGCUCAUUUUGAACUAAAAGGUGAGUAUAAUCCAGCACUUAAGCCAAAAAAGAAGAAAAAAAAGGAAUUGGAAAAAAUAAAGAAAAUGCAGCAAAAGUUAUUCGAUUGGAGGCCAGAAAAAUUUGUUGGAGAGAGAUCGAAGCAUGAAAGAAUUGUUAUAGUGAAAAACCUGUUUAAACCCUCAGAUUUUGAUAAAGAGGUUCAGUUGAUUUUGGAUUAUCAACAAGAUCUAAGAGAGGAGUGUAGUAAGUGUGGUGAGGUCAGGAAGGUUGUGAUUUACGACAGACAUCCUGAAGGUGUCGCACAAAUCACUAUGAAGGAACCGGAACAAGCUGAUGCUGUUAUUCAACUUAUUAACGGGCGAUGGUUUGGCAAAAGGCAGAUAACUGCUGAAACUUGGGAUGGCAGAACAAAGUAUAGGAUAGCUGAAACUGAUGCAGAUAUCAAUAAAAGAAUUGAUAAAUGGGGUAGAUUUUUAGAGGAAGGUGAGGAACCAGAGGAUAAAUCUAAGAAAGACCCAAUUUUGGAAGAUAAAAAAGAUAUACAAGAAAAGAAUCAAGAGACAAAUGUAGUACCAAGUAGUGAAUAAUUUUAAGUUCAUAAUAUAAAUACAAACUGUAUAA